GCAGGCAGCCACACAGAGGGCAUUACAGACUGCUGCACAACUCUCUGCUAGUACACAACCAAGCGCACCUCGGCCCGAAAAACAACCAAACAUGGACCUCCACAGGACCAGUAUAUUAAACCAAAUGGAUUACAGUCGAGAUUCUAAAGAAGGGAAGCCGCCUACGUCGACAGAAGAGCGGCUGGACAGCGGCCUGGACUCCCUGAAGGAGGAGGAGUACCAGGCGGUGGCGGCGGAGAUCCGUCGGCUGCAGCUGGAGUGUGAGCCUCCGCAGCACAAACAAGAUGUAACCGGAGAGCUUCAGGAAUGGAAAACACAACUCACAGAAGACGGAGACACGCUGCUCCACCUGGCCAUCAUCCACGAGGCCAAGGACUACAUCAAACAAAUUAUAGACCUUUCCAAGAGCACAGACUUCCUCAAUACACAAAAUGACCAGAGACAGACUCCUCUCCACUUAGCGGUAAUAACAGGACAGGCAGAAGUGUGCCAGCAACUCCUGCUUUCCGGGUGCGACCCCACGCUGGUGGACGACAGCGGGGACACGCCUCUUCACAUCGCCUGUCGCCAUGGCAACCUGCUGUGCUUCAGCGUCCUCACAAAUAACUGUCGGCCAGAGCAUUUGCACACGGUGAUGGCUGCCUGCAACUAUCAUGGUCAGAGCUGCCUCCACCUGGCCUCAGUUCAGGGUUUCCUAUUGCUGGUGGAGAACAUGGUGGAUCUCGGAGCUGACAUUAAUGCGAAGGAACAGCGGAACGGUCGCAGUGCACUGCACCUCGCCGUGGAUCUGCAGAAUCUCCCCCUGGUCCAACUGCUGCUGAAGAAAGGAGGGGACCCCAACCUCCUGACCUCUGGAGGCCACACCCCCUUCCACCUCACCUACGGCCGCCACAACGACGAAAUCCGGAAAGAACUGUACUCUCUCACCAAUCCUGAACUGAGGGAGCUGCCUGACAGCGAAUCAGACGACAGCGAGGAAGAAGUGGACGAAGAGUCUGAUGAGGAGGUGGGAUAUGACGACAUCCAGUGGAACGGACAUUAGCAGGAAGGGAGAGAGAGGAAGUUACAGAGGCAGGAGGCUGUGACACAAAGAAACGGCUCGGCACGUCGACUUCUUCCAGAAAGUGACGUCACAUGAGCCCAGGAGUGCAGUGACACGGCGCGGGCGUGGACGCGUAAGAUUGGACAGGCCGUUCCAGGCUGCGGGGGGAGAAAAGGCGCUGAGAUGUGUGAAUACAUGAUGUUGAGAGGGUUGCUUGUAUUCUGUGAAAAUCAUUUGUCACAAAGAAACAUCCUUCCACACAGCUGGACCUGCAGCAGCUCUGUUGUACGAUAUUGUAAAUGCUGUGUAUACAAAGAUGUAUUUUUUAUGGAAGCUGUGAACGUGUACAGUUGAGCAGGUUGUAUAUGUGAGACAGCAAACAGUCCAGCACACUCCAGUGAAAUUAAAAACACUCAUAUUUAACAGAA